CACUGUAGGAACCCUUGUAAAUGUCUGGAAAAGUAGGUGCUUGAGUUAUAGUUGAUCUGAUGCACUUGUGUUAGGAGUGGCUAGCCAAAUACAGUCUGAGCAUGCAGGGCUGUAUCCGAGAGUGGGCGGGGAUCAGUCGCUGCCUCUGGAUACCUCUCUCCUCUCACAUUCAAUCGCUUCACGAUCUUCAAACGAAAUGGAUAACCCUGUCUUGACAUGUUACAUUUUCUACAGCACGCUGCUUGUCCUCAAACUCUAUACUCUGGCCAUCAUCACGGGACAACUCCGGCUGCAUAAAAAGGCAUUUAUCAACCCAGAGGAUGCAUUGAGACAUGGUGGGCUGGAGUAUCAUCGAACGGAUCCUGAUGUGGAGCGAACUCGGAGAGCCCAUCGCAAUGCCAUGGAGAACAUCUUUCCUUUCCUGUUCCUCGGUGCUAUCUACUCGUUGAUGGAACCCAACCUCUUGAUUGCCCACGUCCAUUUCCUGGUCUUCUUUGUGGCACGUGUGGUCCAUAGUGUGGCUUAUCUCUUUGCUCUUAAAGCACCAACACGCUCACUGGCGUACAUCAUUGCACAGGUUCCCUGUGUGUCCAUCGCCAUACAGAUCCUUUCUCACAUCGUAAUCGGUUGGUAAAGGCAAUUUAUACCACAAACCCAGUCAGAGACGCAAUGGAAAUAUUGACUGCUGGGAUCAGUUGAUUCCAGACGUGAACAGUCUACUGUCAGGAUUGAACUGUUAUUGGAUUGAGUUGAAAUCCAUCAGACGUUGCCAGCAUCGUAUCUGCUGUACUGAUUGACUUUUCCGGGAUCAAAGUUCUGCUCCUGUGCUAUCAAUUCAUGCAAACAAACAUGCAAACACUUCAAUUUCAGCUCAUCAAUUUUAAAGAAAUUGCUGAAAAUGGUGACUGGGAGCCAGAUUUAUAAUUCUCUCCAAAACCAUCCCCCUCCAAAACAACAAAACCAUUUAAAAUUUUGUUUUGAUCUAAGCCUAAAGAUGGAGACCUGAUUUCCAAAAUGGCUGCCCCACAAAGCAUGUUAAAUAAAAGGGUAUUGUUAAUACAAUGCAGAUUGUCCAGACAAAGUUUAAAACAUCCAAUAGCUGAAGUUUUAGUGAUUCGUCACUGUAGCACAUAACCAUAGAGUCAUAGAGUCCCACAGCAUGGAGACAGACUCUUUAGCUCAAACUGGUCCAUGCCGACCAAAAGGUCCAUCCAUACUAACCCCAUUCGCCUGCACUUGGCCAAUAUCCUUCCAAACCUUUCCUAUUCAUGUACUUGUCCAAAUAACCACUUUGAAAAUAUUUUAAAAGGGGCUUUCAAAGCCUAUUCCGUUAUAAAUUUAUAUGGUCACAGACUAUGCAUUCAAGAGUAAUUCCUCCUAGUGGAAAUACCUUUGGGUGAUAAUUUCCCUUUCACCCAAUGCCCCCAACAUCCGUCACACCAGCCUACACCCGGCAAGGAGCAGUCUGCCCAAUUUUCAAACAGUUGAACUUGGUGGAAUGAACUCUGGACUGAAUAUGGUAUCGGGCCAUCCCUCCUAUGAGAGGACAUGGUGUCACUAGCUGAACUAGCGCCCUUGGUGGAGGUGGGUAAAUCAGGACACAGUGAUUGAGGCCCAGGGUUUUAGGAGCCCGAGGUGAAUUAUGAGCUGUACCUUUUACCACCUCUGCUUCACACACACAUACACAUGCGCGCAUGUGCACAUUUAAGAUAGAGAAAAGUUUUAAGUACAGAAUAAACUGUUACCUUUGUUCAUUUAAAAUGCCAAAUAAAUAAUGUACAGCCUUGUGCCACAGGUAACACCUAGUUCACCCUUUAUGUUUGGAGAGGCCCUGCAUCAGGUAGGGAAUCUAAUAUCAACCACUUUAAAUGAUGAACAAUGUAACAAAUCAUCAAAUAAUUCACUGUAUAAAAAUGCUCCAAACCACAUUCCCAACUCCAUCUCCUCCCCUCAUCCACACACAAACACUUAGUGCGCUAUAUCAUCAUAAUAGCUGACAUCAUCCAUGUUUUGCACAGACUCAUGCUUCUCAGCUCAUUUGGACCCUUAAUUGCCCAUACACAGUAGUGUUUUAAUAAAGAGUUCUUCCAUUGAACUUAGAUUAGAUUCUGUACAGUGUGGAAACAGGCUCAUCAUCUCAACAAGUCCACACCGACCCUCCGAAGAGUA